GUCUCGAAAAAUGAAUAUUUUCCUCUUCCUUUUCAUCGUCAAGAUCCAGUUGAGUUUUUCUUUAGAUCCAUAUGCCCAGCAACAGCUGGAUAGAGUUUCAAAGCUGCCGGGGCAGAAUUUUGACGUGAGCUUUGAUCAUUAUGCUGGCUAUGUUACUGUCAACGAGGAAUCUGGGCGAGCACUGUUUUAUUGGUUACUUGAGGCGGAUGAGGAGCCUUCUUCUAAGCCUCUUGUUCUUUGGCUCAACGGAGGGCCCGGAUGUUCAGCUAUUGGAUAUGGAUUAGCAGAGGAAAUUGGACCUUUCCAUGUCCAGAAAGAUGGGAAGACACUUUAUUUGAACCCUUAUUCUUGGAAUAAAGUUGCAAAUAUAUUGUUUGUUGACACUCCAGUUGGAGUUGGUUUUUCAUAUUCUAACACUACCAAUGAUCUACUGAACAAUGGUGAUAAAAGCACCGCUGCCGACAACCUAGAAUUUUUCGUGCAGUGGUUUAAGCGUUUUCCAAAUUAUAAAGGGAGGGACUUUUAUAUCACAGGCGAAAGUUAUGCAGGACACUAUAUACCACAACUAAGCCAAGCAAUUGUAAGGCACAACCUUAAAAAGAAAGACAAAGAAGUUAUCAAUCUGAAGGGUUUCAUGGUUGGAAAUGCUCUAAUCGAUGAUUUUUACGACCAAUUGGGGCGCUUCCAGUAUUUGUGGUCAGUUGGUAUGAUAUCUGAUCAGACCUUCGAGCAGUUGAACAUUUUAUGUGACUCUGGAUCGUUUUUACACACAUCAGAGCAGUGUGAUGAAGUUCUCGAUAUAUCUCUUGAAGAAAUGGGAGACAUUGAUAUUUAUAGUAUCUUCACUCCUCCAUGCACAGCCAAAUUUAAUAGAUUUAAUCAGCUAUUGAAAAGAAAGAAAAUGAUUGGUCUUAUCAAAAGAUCAUACGAUCCUUGCACUUUGCAGCACUCAGUUAUUUAUUUCAAUCUUCCUGAGGUUCAAAAUGCUCUCCAUGUUCAUAGCAAAAAUUCUUCAUCCAAAUGGGAUACUUGCAGUGACAUGGUGAAUAAAAAUUGGAAGGAUUCUGCUACUUCGGUUUUGAACAUCUACCGCGAGCUUAUACCUUUAGGACUUCGUAUUUGGAUCCUCAGUGGGGAUGCUGAUGCUGUAGUUCCAGUAACAUCCACACGUUACAGUAUAGAUGCUCUAGAACUUCAAACAAUUAGUCCUUGGCAUGCUUGGUACGACGAUGGCCAGGUAGGAGGAUGGACACAAGAGUACCAAGGACUGAAUUUUGUUGUAGUGAGAGGGGCAGGCCAUGAAGUUCCACUGCAUAAACCCAAGCAAGCCUUAACACUUAUCAAGUCUUUCUUAUCAGGAACUUCAAUGCCAAAACUGGAAAAAGUUAGUGAUUCAUAAUCCUCUUCCCUGUCUCCCCUGUUUAGCUGAUAAUUAUAGGGAUUGAAUGGUGUCAUCAUUAAUACUAAGAUUCGUCGGUUUCGAGUUUCGAGGUUAUUUAAUAUCAAUCUAGCUUGUAAUAAGAAUUUGCUUCCCACUUUGUCUUGUGUAUUUUAGUCAUAAAAUCUCAGAGGAAUAACAAAAAAAUUUCUCCUUGCAUUUCA